AUGGGCUACCUCAACAUCUCAGUGGUACUCGUGGCCGGAGUAGUCGCCCUCUUUUUGUAUGUCGUGUUUGGACAGCCCAAGCUGAGACGGAAUGGCGUCCCGUUGAGACGCCCGCCUGACACGUUGCCACUGGCUGGGAAUGGUAUCAACUUUCUGAGAGACCGCCAGAAGCUGUUUGACUGGUUCACCAAGUGUGAACAGCUUCAUGGCUACGAAACAUUGCAGAUCUCGGUUCCGAGCUUGCCACCUGGGGUCAUUAUCAGUGACCCUAAGAACCUCGAAUACGUGUUCAAGCAUGAAGGCAUCUUUGCUAAAGGCGAGUUUUUCAAGGGACGGUCGCGGGAUCUUUUUGGAAACGGCAUCAUCAAUGUAGACGGUGAUUUGUGGAAGGUCCAGCGGAAAGCUGGGCUGAACUUCCUCAAUACAUCCAACCUGAGGGUUCUCACAGACAUCGCCUUGCCGCAGUAUCUGUCCCAAAGCGUAGCUUUAUUACAAGAUAGGGCUUUGAGUGGUGUCUCGGUCGAUUUACAAUGCGUAUUUCACGAAAUCACAACUCAGCUCAUGGGAAAGAUGGCUUAUAACAUGGAAAUGCACGCUGAAGACGAGUUUGGCUUGGCCUUCGACUACGCAUCUGGCGCAACAGCCGAGAGAUUUCAGAAUCCUCUCUGGUUUAUCACGGAAAUUAUCACUGGAAGGCGAUUUCGAGAAUCAAUCUCCAUCGUCAAGUCAUUUGGUCAAAGGAUCGUAUCAAGUGCGACGGGUGACAGGAAAAAGCGUGCUGGAAAGCCGGUCGAUACGGUCCCAGCGGAAGAGGCUGUUGACAGACUGAACGAUAUCUCAGGCAGCCUGAUCCAGUCCUUUUUGGACGCCAUUGGUGAUGAGCAGUUAGUUGCGGACGCCGCGCUGAACUACCUUUCUGCAGGCAGAGACACCACAGCGCAAGCCCUCACAUGGACCUUUUACCUCUUGAUGAAACACCCCAACGUUGUGGUCAAGAUCAGAGACGAAGUCGACAGCCUCACAGCAGGCAGCGAGAAAAGCUUUGAGAAGACCAUUUCCGAACGAUGUAAUCCGACAUCAACGCCAUACACAUUCGCAGUUUUCUGUGAAGCUCUGCGCAUCUUCCCGCCCAUUCCUUUCGAGAUCAAGCAGGCCGUUCAAGCCACGACACUUCCAGACGGAACAUUUUUACCGGAAAACUCCGUCAUCGUUUGGUGCACUUGGGCAAUGAACCGUUCUCGGGUUACCUGGGGCCCAGAUGCAGACCAUUUCCGCCCUGAGCGCUGGUUGAUUGAUGGCAAGGUCCUCAACAAGACUACAUCCGAGUUCCCGGUGUUCAAUGGCGGACCUAGGACUUGCUUAGGCAAGAAAAUGGCUGAGGUUAUAGCUGUCCAAGUCAUUGCCACUGUGGCCGGGCUUUUCGAAUGCGCCAGGGUUGAUGACUCUGAAAGAGUAAGCAAGAGUAGCCUCACACUGCCCAUGAAGGACGGCCUGCCUUGCGUGGUGCAAAGCAGGCACGACGUGUGCAGCGAAUGA